UGAAAGAGGAGAGGGGGGAAGAGAGUGAGUGAGGGAGAGAGAGAGAGAGAAAAUGAGACGGACUAAGAGAGAAACAGAAGGCUCUUACUGACCUAGUUCUAAGUUAGCUCUUCAGUUGCUGGGUACUGACUAUAACAGAAACCCUUGUGAGAAGAGGUGAAGAGGCAAAUGUUAAUAAAGAGAGAAAGCAAGCAUAGUAGCAGAAACAGGAGGAUUUCAUCAAACUGAUUUACAGCAUUUGACAGAAGAGCCAUGUCUGGACGGAGAGGAGUAAAAACAAAGAAAUCUGCCAUUCCUGGAGUGACCAUCACACAGUUUGUGGAAGAUGUUCCUAAGGGUUGCAGCACCCCUGACUUUGAAAGGAAACCAAUUACCUUAACAUUAUCAGAAGGUAAAAAUGCCAUUUUCAGAGCUGUGGUCAAGGGUGAACCAAAACCAGAGAUGUUGUGGAAACGCAAUAGUGGGAAAAUGGAUGAUCCCCAAAAAUACCAGAUUGCUUCUGUCCCUGGAACAAAUGAAUUUACCCUGCAGAUAAACAAAAUUACUGCAGAUGAUGCUGAUGUGUACCGUUUCACAGCAGUUAAUGACUAUGGGGAAGCAACAUGCACUGCUGGCCUCAAGAUCAUACAAGUUGGCUUCAAGAAAAAAACAAAGGAGGCUGCUGCACCACAGAAAGACCUCAAGAAGGAAAUUGAGGAUUUCAGAAAAACAUUAAAGAAAAGAACACCUACAGCUGCUCCAAAGAAGGAAAUUGAUAUGGAACAGGUCUGGCAAUUACUGCUGAAUGCAGACAAGAAGGAUUACGAGAAGAUCUGCUUGAAGUAUGGUGUUGUUGACUUCCGUGGAAUGCUAAAAACUCUUCAGGAGAUGAGAAAGGAGAGGGAGGACAAGCAGGCACAGUAUGUGUACAGUAUUGCAAACCUAAAACAUGUCAAAAUAAAUCAAGAGCAAGCAAAUGCUUCAAUUGAUGUAGAGAUGGAUCUGAAAAAUCCAGAGAGCAGAAUUUAUCUGUACAAGGAUGGAGAAAUGAUCAAUUUUGGAUUGGACAGUGACAAUAUAAAGCAUUGCUUGCGAAAGGUUGGCAAAAAGUACAAUUUUACCAUCAAUGAUCUGCAGCCAGAAGAUGCCGGUGUAUAUCAGAUCAAGAUAGAAGAUGUAGAUAUCUUCUCCACUGAACUGGAAGCAGAAAACAUUCCAGUAUAUUUUCGCUACCCACUUGGUGAGGCGAGAUGCCACGAGCAAGGAAAUGCUGUCUUUCAGUGUACUCUCUAUGAACCCUGCCACAAUGCUGUCUGGUUUCACAAACAAAAUCAACUAAAAUCAAAUGACAAAUAUGAGAUUUCAGUCUCAAAUGAUGGCCUAACUCACCGUCUAGUCAUCAAAAACGCCCAGCCUUCUGACAAAGGAACUUACACCAUUGACAUCGGAAGGCGUACUUCAAGUGCCUGGCUUGAGGUUGAAUCAAAAGGAAAGAGAAAACAGACUGAAGGAGAUAGUGAUAAAGCUGGACUGCAGAGCAAACUAUUAGAUGAAGACCGUGCUAAGAAACUUCGCCAGGGAGAAGGGCAUGAGGAUCAAGAUCAUCUUGCUGAUGCCAGUGUGGGCAAAGAUGGCCAAUACAAAAAAGGCCAAGAUGGCAGUGCAGAAAAGUAUAGCUCCUUGGGAAUGGAUAGAUCUUUCGGAAAAGAUGGGAGGGUGGGUCAGUUUUCUGCAACGGAGGCACACAUGGCUGGUGAUGAUAAUAGCCAAAGGGGGGCUUUAUGGUGCAUUAGUGGACUUUAUGGCAAGGAUGGUAUGCCAGUUGGAGCAGGGGCCGGUAGACCUGGUGAUGCUGAUGGUAUUGGAAGACUGUAUGGCAGGAAUGGUAUGCCAGGUGGAGCAGGUGUUAGUGGACCUGGUGGUGCUGGGGGCACUGGUGUAAUCUAUGGCAAGGAUGACAUGCCAGUUGGAGCAGAAGCUGGUGGACUGGGUGCUGAAGGUAUUGAUGGACUCUAUGGCAAGGAUGGUAGGCUAGUUGGAACAGGAUUUGGCGGACCUGGCAGUGCUGGGGGCAUUGGUGGACUAUAUGGUAAAGAUGGCAUGCCACUUGGAGCAGGGACUGGGGGACUUGGUGGUGCUGGGGGCAUUGGUGGACUCUAUAACAAGGAUGGCAUGCCACUUGUAGCAGGCAGUGGUGGACCUGGUGGUGCUGGGGGCAUUGGUGGACUAUAUGGUAAAGAUGGCAUGCCAACUGGAGCAGGGACUGGUGGUCCUGGUGGUGCUGGGGUCAUUGGUGGACUCUAUGGCAAGGAUGGCAUGCCCCUUGGAGCAGACAAUGGUGGAGCUGGUGGUUCUGGGGGAGUAGGUGGUGCAGGUGGUUCUAGUGGUGCUGGAGGAUUACAUGGCCUUCAAGGCAAGGAUGGCAUGCCAGCUGGAGCUAGCACAGGUGGACCUGAUGGUGCUGGCAUUGGACUUGGUGGUGCUGCAGGCAUUGGUGGACUCUAUGGCAAGGAUGGAAUGAUAGGUGCUGCUGGUGUUAGUGGAGUACAUGAACUCUUUGGUAAAGAUGGCAUGCCAGUUGGUGUAGGCAUGGGUGGACCUCUGGGUGUUGGGGGCAUUGGAGGACUCUAUGGCAAGGAUGGCAUUCCAGUUGAAGGAGGGAUUGGUGGAGGUAGAGGAGAAAAUGGAUUCUUUGGCAAGGAUGGCAUGCCAGUUGGAACAGGUCUUGGUAGUGAUGGAGGCAUUGGUGGACUCUAUGACAAGGAUGGCAUGCCACUUGGAGGAGGUACUGGCGGAGCUGGGGGAAUAGAUGUUCUUUAUUGCAAGGAUGGUAUGCUAGGUGCAGGAAGUACAGCUGGAUAUGGUGGUGCUGGAGGAGGUGGUGGACUCUAUGGGAAGGAUGGUAUAGGAAGUGGUGCUGGGGGAGUUGGCACAGGUGCUGGGGGACCUGGCUUUAUUGGUGGGGUAGGAGGUCUUUAUGCAAAGGAUGGUAUGCUAGGUGGGUCUGGAGGAGCAGGUGGGGCUGGGGGAGUAUCUGGACUCUAUGACAAGGAUGGCAAACCAGUUGUAACAGGUAUUGGGAUGGGAAGAAAAAGUAGUCUUUAUGGGAAGGAUGGCAUGCUGGCUGGUGCUGGAGGAGCAGGAGGAUUUUGUGGCAAGGAUGGUAUGCCAAGUGGACAAGGCACUGGAGGACUUGGUGGACUGCAUGGUAUAGACGGAUCUAGUAGUCCAGAGGGAUCAAGGGGGCUUUAUGGAAAGGAUGGUAUGCCUGUUGGAGCAGGCACUGGUGGACCUGGUGGUGCUAGAGGAAGAGGAAGAGGUCUUUAUGGCAAGGAUGGUAUGCUUGUUGGUACAGGCAAUGGUGGGCCUGGUGGAUUAGGUGGAAUGUAUGGCAAGGAUGGUGCACCAGGUGGAGCAGUCUCUGGUAGACCUGGUGAACUCCAUGGGAAGGAUGGCAUUCUAGCUGGAACGGGUGGUGUUGAGGGAUUAGGUGGUGCUUAUGGCAAGGAUGGUAUGCUAGAUGGCACUGGUGCCUCUGGCAGUGCUGGAGGAUUAGCUGGACGGUAUGGCAAUGAUGGUAAGCUAGUUGGAGCAGGGGGUGCUGGGGGUGCAGCUGGACUCUAUGGGAAAAAUGGCAUGGCAGGUGGAGCAGGCACUGGUGGACCUGGUGGUGAAGGACUCUAUGGUGAAGAUGGAGUGCUAGGUGGUUUCAGUGGACCUGGUUCUGUGGGCAGAUUAGAUGGACCUCAUGGGAGAGAAGGUGUACUAAGAGGAGUUGGUGCUGGUACAGCAGGAACUGCUCGAGGAGCAGGUGGGCUUCAUGGCAAAGGUGACAUUGUAGUUGAAGGUGGUGGUGCUGGGGAACUAACUGGACUCUAUGACAAGGAUGGCAAGCCUGUUGGAUCAGCCAGUGGUGGAGUAGAUAGUGCUGGGGGCAUUGGUGGAAUCUAUGGCAAGGAUGGCAUGCCACUUGGAGCAGGGAGUGGUGGACUUGUUGGUGUUGGGGGCAUUGGUGGACUCUAUGGCAAGGAUGGCAUGCCACUUGGAGCAGGCACUGGUGGUCUUGGUGGUUCUGGGGGCAUUGGUGGACUCUAUGCUGGUGGUGCUGGGGGCAUUGGUGGACUCUGUGGCAAGGAUGGCAUGCCAAUUGGAGCAGGGGUUCAUGAUCCGGGUGCUAGGGGUAUUGAUGGCAUGCCGAUUGGACCAGGGAGUGAUGGACCUGGUGGAUUUUAUGGCAUCGCAGAUGGAUCCAGUACUGGGGAAGCAGGUGGCCUCUAUGGCAGGGUUGACAUGCCAGUUGGAGCUGGCAGUGGUGGAGUUGGAGGAGUAGGUAGUCUGUAUGGCAAGGAUGGUAUGUUCAAUGGAAUUGGUGCUUUUGAUGAAGGGGGAUCACUAGACAAUUUGUAUGGUAGAGAUGGUAGAUUAGGUGGAGCCGGAACAGGUGGAUCACUACAUGGGCACAUGUCAGGCAUUCCUGGUGAUGAUAUCAUGGCUUAUGGUCAAUCUUCUGGCCUUCGUGAUGCUGGAUUGUACACUGGUGACAGAAGAAGACAGCUGUCAGAUUUAGAUGCCAGUGGACUUAUCUCAGCUGAUACCUCAAGAAGCAGAGACAGGAAAGGGAGAGGAGGACACCUGCUUGAAGAGGACAUGAGAGAACCACAUUGCCGUUUCACUCAAGGUUUAUUUGAUGUCCAUGCUCAGAAAGGAAGACCAACUGUGUUAUCUUGCAGUCUCAAUAAUGAUCAGCUUGAAGGAAUCUGGUUUAAAGAUGGUUUCAAGAUAACAGGCCUGGAUGGAGUCUCAAUUAAGAAAGAAGGUUCACUCCACAAACUAAUAAUAGAAGAAGUACAGGAUAAUCAUGCUGGAAAAUACAAAUUUGAAGCUGAAGGUGUCCGAACAGAGGCAUCAAUUUUUGUUGAAGAUCCUCCAAAUGUUGACUCUGCACUUCUGGAAAAACUGAAAAAGGAACCUAUAGUAGUAAAGGCAGGAAAGAAUGCUAUGGUUAAGAUCCCAUUUGAUGGCCGAAAGCCAAUCAGAGCAACUUGGCUGAAAGAUGAAGGUGAACUUCUAGAUGAUGCCAGGAUCAGCACUGACUAUUCAGACAACUAUACCCGGCUCUGCAUAUCCAGUACCAACAGGAAGGACUGUGGGGAUUACAAAGUGAAACUGAAAAAUGAGAGCGGAAUCAUUGAAGCUACUCUCAAGCUGGUAGUGAUUGAUAAACCACAGCCACCAACAGGACCCAUAGAAGUUGUGGACAGUUCCACAAGUGGCAUAACUAUCCAGUGGAAGCCCCCAAAGGAUGAUGGCGGCAAGCCAAUUCAAAGCUAUAUUAUUGAGAGGCAGCAAGUUGGCAGAAAGACCUGGUUGACGUUAGGAGAAAUCAAUGGAGACAGCACUAUUUUUACCACCAACAAAGUGGAACAUGACAAAAGUUAUUACUUCAGGGUGAGAGCAGUGAAUACCGAGGGUAUCAGUGAGGUGCUUGAAUCUGAUGAAGUGAUGGCUGCUACCAAAGUCUUUCCUGGGCCUCCUGCUGCUCCAAAAAUUGUCAGUGCCAACAGGGGUGCCAUCACACUCUCAUGGGCAGCACCACAUAAAACCGGAAACUCUAGGAUUUUGGGAUACACCAUUGAGAAAAGCAAGAAAGGCAGCAACACCUGGAUACCUGUCUCUGAUUUGCCCAUAACUGAGAGGAAGUAUACGGUGACUGAUCUGAAAGAGGGACUGCAGUAUGAAUUCCGUGUAGCUGCUAUUAAUAGUGCAGGGACCGGUGAAGUCAGUGCACCUUCGCAAGCUGUUUUUGCUCGAGAUCCCAUGAAGCCUCCAGGUCCAGUGAGGGAUCUUAAGGUGGUGAAUACAGACUACUGCAGUAUCUCCUUGUUAUGGAUACAACCAGAAUCAGAAGAAGAAAGUCGUGCCAAAGGCUAUAUUGUAGAGAUGCGACACUCUGACAUACUAAAGUGGACCCAGUGUAAUGCUCUCCCAAUACCAAUGACAACAUAUAUAGUUAGAGGACUAAAAGCCAGGGAGAUGUACUUCCUACGUGUGAAAGCAGUCAAUGAUGGAGGGUUUGGUGAACCAGUAGAACUUGACACAUGUGUCCAAACUAUACCUCCUAUUGUUCAUCCCAAGGUUUUAGUAAAGGAUACUGUCAAAAGCUUUAUGAUUGUAAAAGCAGGGGAUACCAUUCGUGUACGCAUUCCUUUUGAAGCUUCCCCACCUCCUGAAGUGUAUUGGCUGAAGGAUGGGCAUGUUCUCCCUGCAAAGGCCACAACUGCUACAAGAGAAGGAGUGAGCCAACUUAUUAUACCAGGAGCUGACUUUUCUGACAGUGGGCAUUAUUCCAUUGUCCUCAGAUCUGAACUUGGGAAAAAAGAGACCUUCAGCUUCCUAGUCCAAGUUCUAGAUGUCCCAGAAUCCCCAGGCCCUAUACAACUUGUUGAGAAAGUCCCUGAGACAGUGACUUUGAUAUGGGAGCCUUCACCAACUGAAAUGAGAGACAGAAAUCUAAACUACAUGGUCAUGAGACGUGAUGCCAGCAAAGGGUCAUGGCAUAUGGUGGCUGACCUGAUUUACACUAACAAGUGCACUGUUGCAAAUUUUAUCCCAGGCCGGGAAUAUUUCUUCAGAGUCCUGGCAAAAAACUAUAUGGGAAUAAGUGAGCCUUCUGAAACUGUGCAGCCCUGGUGUAUUCAUAAACAAAGGGGUAAAUUUGAAGUUAGGCUUCCAAAAUACAAGGGGAUCAACCAAAAACAACCUCCAAGAUUCCUUGUUCUACUGAAACCUCAUGUAGUGACUGUGGGAUUUGAUUGUCACAUGAGUUGUGCUGUGACUGGAUGUCCAGCACCUCAGGUAACCUGGUACAAGGAUGGCAGGAAUAUCUCCAAAGAUCCAACCUUCUUCAGCAAAAAUGACCUUGGGGUGUGUUCGCUUGUGAUCCCAGGAGUUGCAGCAUCAGAUGCUGGCCAGUACAUGGUGGUGGCCAUCAAUGAACUAGGUGAAGCAACCAGCAAAGCAGAACUUACCAUAAAAGAUCCCAUUUUUUACUAGCAUGGGCUGCACUGUACCAGCUUUGUCCAGAGUGCGGUGUGAUAAUGUUUUCUUGUAAAACUAUGUGUCACUCUUACUGAAGGAUGCGUAUUUAUCCUUAUGUCAACAGCCUGAUGGCGCUACCUGGCACAGCAAGUGUGGUUAAAAAAACAGCAGUUCUUUUCUACAAUUUUUCAUGAGCAGAAACCCCACUGAAAGGAUGCAUGCAAUUCUGCCCAAUAGUUUUACAAAGAACAAGAUCCAAAUAUAUUUACUAUAGUCUUUCAUGGAAAGACAACAGAAAAAAAGAAGUUCGCAUGAAGGGUCCCAGCAAAGAAAGGUGAUCCUGCAACAAUAAUGGAUUAUUUAUGCAUAUCAACAGGACUGAAACUGAGAUUUAUAAAGGAAAAAACCCCCUACAGAAACGUAUGUGCCAAAAUACUUGGAACUAAUCCCCUCAGAUGUGGACCAUGAGAUGUUCUGAAUUCAUACACAACAGCCAAACUUCAACAUGUUGUCUAUAGAUGUUUUGAGAUCAGAGUUUGAACAUUCAGAAUCCUUCUGUCUGAAAAUAUCAAAAUGUAAAGAAGAGAUCUCACUGGUUUCAAAUAUCAGUUUGGUUGCACCUAUUCAAUAUCAGUAAGGCUGACAAAUAAUAGAACUGAGGGAAUGCCAUCCCUAUAAUAUGUGGGGUAGCAAAGACAGAUUAUUUAAUGCAAUUAAUCUUGAUGCACAUUGAAAAUGUUUUUUUUAUUCUGAGCUGAUAGCAUUUGCUUAAUCAACAAGGAUAAUGUCAAGGAUAUUUUAGGUGUUUGUUGCAAGUCGUUUGCAUCUUCAUUGUUUUCCAAAUAUCCCAAUGAAAUGGAAGUUUACCACCUCUGUUAAUUUUUCACUUCAGCUAAUAGUUGGCUAAUAUUCCUGUUUUAAAGCAUUCAGUUGCCUAAAGCAGAAUAGCAAAAUAUGUACAGUAGGGCAGUAUGACUAUGCACUGUGACUGAUACAUCAUUCUGUCAAAUAUGAUUCCAGAAUCUGAUGGAUUAAAAGCAAAAAUACAGUUAUAUUAAACCUAAACACCAUUUUAUUCAUAUGUCUUUAAAUAAUACUGCCAAAUAUUUGUCCAUGCUCAGCAUUAAUUGGUGUCCAUCUGCUCCUGAAUACCUGGCUUGAAUACAUGAUUCUGGUGAUUUAGUGUGUUUCAUCUGGGAUAUGGGAAUCCAUAAAAAAGUCCAAUGAAAUUGCACUAAAUUUAAUUCAGCUAUCAUGACAUCAGGCUGCUUGCAAGAGGCUAAGGCUACUCAACAAGUCCCCCUCCCACCCUAAAAAAAGUUUGUUUUAGCCACAUUGUGAAAUGAUACUGUAUGGGCCAAAGAAAAAUAAAAGCAUAUUGUUAAACCUAAAUAAGAAAGACCCUAUUUUUAAAUAAACUAUCAGUGAAGUCUUGAACAUAUAAACUUGAGCCCAUCCUCUAGUUCAUCUUUCCUAGUUCAGGCUGUCAUGAGUGACCCUCUUGCAGGAAGUGGUCUUUCUUUCCCAACACAACUACCUGAGAAACCCUUUCAACUGAGGAUCUAUGUGUCAGUACUUCUUCACUGCCUAACAUAUGUGUUAUGAUAUUCUUCAGUACAUCAAGGUUCCAUUCCCUACUUGGCCAUGAAACCUACUUGGGCACGUCAUAAGCUCUCAACCUCAGAGGAAGGCAAUGAUAAACCUCCUCUGCAAAAAUCUUUGCAAGAAAGCCCCAUGAUAGGUUUGCCUUGGGGUCAUCAUAAUCCAGACACAACUUGAAAACACAACAGUAACAAGUACGUGUUUAUAAAUUCUCAAAAGUUACAUGGCUAAGAAAAUAGGAAGGAAAAGUUUCUCCACCAGAGGGAGUCCUCUUAAGUACAGUGAUAAGUAAUCAAGAGGCUGGAAGCAUUUGUUGCCUUCAUGGAAAAAGUGAGUGAGAAAGAAAAGGGAUUGUUCUUGCUAGUUGUUGGUUUUUUUUUUUUUUGUUACAUUUUGUUUUAAGUGCUUUAAGUGGGUGCAUAGACAAAUGAAAAAUCUCAGCAAACUUACCACAAAUAAAAAUUGGAUGGGUAUGGUUUUACCUUUUACCUUUACCUUUUACCUUUAUGGCUUUACAUGGCCCUAAAAUGUUUUUAUAUGAUGCGUAACAUUUGGCAUGACAAAACUGGCUUCAAUAAACUUGGUAUGGAAAAAAAA